CAAUAAUGUAUGCUUUAAAACGUGACUCAAUAAAACGCCCUUUAAUAUUGUGCUGAGGAACAUAUGGACUGUAAUCAAAUACCCUCAGUGGAGGAACCAGUGCAUGGUCUGCUGUACAGUGCUCGCGGGUCACAAUGUCCUUCAGAGACUUAAGAAAUUUCACUGAAAUGAUGAGGGCCUUGGGCUACCCUCGGUUGAUAUCUAUGGAGAACUUCAGAACACCAAACUUCACUUUAGUAGCAGAAAUCUUAAUAUGGCUUGUAAAGAGAUAUGAGCCUCACAUGGAUAUUCCCACUGAUGUGGAUACAGAGUCAGACAGAAUAUUCUUCAUCAAGGCUGUGGCCCAGUUCAUGGCAACAAAGGCUCACAUCAAGUUGAACACUAAGCGUCUUUACCAGGCCGAUGGCUACGCAGUGAAAGAGAUGCUUAAGAUCACCUCAGUGCUGUACAGUGCUAUGAAGACCAAGCAGAUGGCCUUGGGAGACCAAGUUGAGGAGGAUAACAGCAAGUUCAAGUUUGAUCUCAGUUCACGGAUUUCAGAUCUGAAAGCAGCUCGACAGCUGGCAUCUGAGGUCACGUCUAAAGGAGCAUCUCUAUAUGAUUUACUGGGGAAGGAGGUGGACCUAAGGGAAAUGAGAACUGCGGCCAUUGCCAGACCUCUGGAAAUCAAUGAGACUGAAAAGGCGCUGAGAGCUGCCAUCAAGGAGAUUUUGCAAAGUGUGGAGAAGACCAAAGACAUGCUGAGUAAUGUUGUGUCUGAUGAGACCAGUCUGGACGCCAAGAUAGAAAAGAAGAAGCAGGAGCUGGAGAGGAAUCGGAAGAGGCUCCAGACACUGCAGAGUGUCAGGCCGGCCUUCAUGGAUGAAUAUGAGAAGAUAGAGGAAGAUCUGCAAAAGCAAUACGACACAUAUGUGGAGAAGUUCAGAAACCUCUGCUUCCUGGAGUCUCAGCUGGAUGAAUACCACAGACUGGAGCAGGAGAGGUUUGAGGAGGCUGAAAACACUCUGAGGAUGAUGCAGCACAAAAUGAGGGAGGAGGAGAGGGAUUUGAUGAGGAGCUCCUUGAAAGAUGAGGAUUCUGACAUGGACGUUCCAGAGGACGAAGGUUCAGACAGCGACAUGGAAGAGUGUCGACCUUCUAAGCCCCGGCCCACACGAAAUGCCAUCAUGGCAGGAAGAGGCUCUCGAUUCAUUGGGAACAUGCAGGGUGGAGACAGUGAUGAGACUGAAGACAGCGAGAUUGAUGUGGAUGAGGAGGAUGAUGAAGAAGAUGAGGAAGGUGACGAGGAGGAGAGCAAGGAUUUAGAGGAUGACAGUUUGGAGGGCCCAAUGUCCAGGGGUACUCGCCCCACCAGGGGGGGCAUGAAACCCCCUCUGUUGGAGGAGAGUGAUAAUGACUUCUGAAUGAAGAAUACACACACAAAAAUGUCCUCCAGCUUUUUCUGUAUUCCAGCUCAAAUUAGAAUAUCUUAUUACCUCUCAGAAAUAUGCAUUAAAUGUUGUGUUCCAUUAUGUUAUUGCUACAUGAAGCAUUUAUAUAGUUCCUAUUUUUGAAUAUUUGAGUGAACUGGUUUCCUUAAUAAAAUAUUAACAAUU